UUUUAAGAUAAGACCUCCCACGGUUUACAUUGACAACAAUUUCAAAUGAAAAACAAAACCAAAAAAGCAUCAGUCAGUGGUUUACCUAAGGCCACCGAUAAGCCUCAGGUCUAGAUUAUCGUUCCCUCAGUGGCAGGGCCAUCCUCCCUAGCUUUUUUAUUUUUACUUUUUUAAGCUUUAUUUAUCCAUUUUGAGAGGGGGUGGGGAGGGACAGAGAGAGAAAGAGAGAGAAACCCAAGCAGGCCCUGGGAUCAUGACCUGAGCCGAAACCAUGACCUGAGCCACUCAACAGACUGAGCCACCCAGGUGCCACAUUCCUCCCUAGCUUUUUAAUGCCUUUCAACCAGAGGUCAGUGCACACUGCAGUGUUAAUUAAGAGCUGUUUGCUGAAUGAGUAAAUUCGAAGUUUAUAAUCCUGUUUAAAGUAGGUUACGCAUAGGGGCAGCUGGGUGGCUCAGUGGGUUAAGUGUCCGACUUCAGCUCAUGUCAUGAUCUCAUGGUUCGUGGGUUUGAGCCCUGAGUGGAGCUCUGUGCUGACAGCUCAGACCCUGGAGCCUCCUUCGGAUUCUGUGUGUGUCUCUCUCUGCCCCUCCUCCACUUGUGUGCCUGUGCUCUCUCGCUCUCACUCUUGCUCUCUCUCCCUCUUAAAUAAAUAAACUUUAAAGUAGGUCACACAUACAGAAAUCCUGGACCUUUGCAUUUGUGCUUUGUUGUAAAAUCAUAUCAGCUGUUAUGACUGCCUUCCAGCUGUUUACCCCAAAGUUCCCAAUCAUUCAACUCCCCAUUCUCACACUUUACAGAGGAGGAAGCAGAAGACCCAGGUCUGCUCAGUUAGCCUCCCAUAAUAUCGUUAUAUCGUAUCUCACAUUGUUUUCACUUAUUAUCAUUGUAUCAGAAUAAUACUACCAUUAAGGAGUGCUUACUGUUGCCUGGUUACUGCAUUAUCUCAUUUGAUGUUCACAAUUAUUCUACCAGAGAGGUAUGAGAGAUCUAAUAACUCAGGGAGACUUGCCUAAAGACCUCAAACAAUUCAAACUUGUGUAACUCAAAAUGCAGAUAUUUCUGUUUACCUAUUAGAAUAAUGCUGUCUUGUGGCUCUGGCAUAAGCACGGUUUACAAUUUACAAUUCACACUGCCUUCCAGGGUUCUUGACAAACUUUUAAUUUGGGGAUUUUGAAUUAUUUCAAAUUUUACACAUAAAACGAAACAAUAAAUAUUUUUCUAUCAUGCUUUUUCAAAUUCAAAUGGUUUAAACUAGACCAUGCAGUAUGUUUUUUUUUUCCAUUUUACACAUAAGGAAACUGAGGCCCAGAGGGGUUAAAAAACAAAGGUCAAACAUCUAUAACAUGACUCCUAAGCACCAGACCAGCUCUGUGCUUCUUGAAGGCCAGCCCCGUGUCAGGUCUUUAGAGUUACUGUGAAUACCUGUCAGGGCCUGACUGGGACUAACUCCAUGGAGACAGAAAGCCCAGAGAAGUCAAGGACAACUUGGCCUUUUCUCCCUAGCCCUUCAGAGUUCAGAAUUUGUUCCUCUCCCUCAGCUCCUGGGUCUUCAAGUGUGGUGCCUUCUAUACUAUUCCAAGGGAUCAUCUAGCCCCCAAAUUUCCUUCCCUUGCCUUCUGCAUGGUUCUGGAUGCCCUUUGGAGAGAUAGCUUGUUUUAAAGACAAAGGAGGUUCAAGGCUUGCUUUCCAAAUGAUCACACGGGUGUGCCAGGCUGGACCCUCAGUAUAACCAGACCAUGUGCCCUAUGAGAGUGACAGUCACAUCUUUUCAUCUCCGGAACCUCAGUGUCUGGCCUCGUAGGCAAUAAGAGAAGACUGUCAUGCAGCCUUCUUACUCAGCUCCCACCAGAAAGGAGAAUUUAGGAACUAAGAUAGCUUUUAAAAAGCCGGCAACAACUGGAGUAAGACCCUCCAGGAAGUGAUGUGGCUGAGUUAUGGUUUUGAACAGUCCUUCUGGCUUCACAUGGUGACCACCAUGAUCCCUUGGGUAUUCUUGGCCUGUGCCCUCCCUUGUGCAGCUGACCCGCUGCUUGGUGCCUUCGCCCGCAGGGACUUCCAAAAGGGCUCCCCUCAACUUGUCUGCAGCCUGCCUGGCCCCCAAGGCCCACCUGGCCCCCCGGGAGCCCCAGGGCCCUCAGGAAUGGUGGGAAGAAUGGGCUUUCCUGGAAAAGAUGGCCAGGAUGGCCAGGAUGGGGACCGGGGGGACAGCGGAGAGGAAGGUCCACCUGGCCGGACAGGUAACCGGGGAAAGCCAGGACCAAAGGGCAAAGCCGGGGCCAUUGGGCGGGCCGGUCCUCGCGGCCCCAAGGGGGUCAGUGGUGCCCCGGGGAAGCACGGCACACCAGGAAAGAAGGGGCCUAAGGGCAGGAAGGGGGAGCCGGGCCUCCCAGGCCCCUGCAGCUGCGGCAGUGGCCACGCCAAGUCUGCCUUCUCAGUGGCAGUGACCAAGAGCUACCCAAGGGAGAGGCUGCCCAUCAAGUUUGACAAGAUCCUGAUGAACGAGGGCGGCCACUACAACGCAUCCAGUGGCAAGUUCGUCUGUGGCGUGCCGGGGAUCUACUACUUCACCUACGACAUCACCCUGGCCAACAAGCACCUGGCCAUCGGCCUGGUGCACAAUGGCCAGUACCGCAUCCGGACCUUCGAUGCCAACACGGGCAACCAUGAUGUGGCCUCGGGCUCCACCAUCCUGGCUCUGAAGCAGGGUGAUGAGGUCUGGCUGCAGAUCUUCUACUCAGAGCAGAAUGGGCUUUUCUACGACCCUUACUGGACUGAUAGCCUCUUCACAGGCUUCCUCAUCUAUGCUGACCAGGACAACCCCAAUGAGGUAUAGACAGGCAGGUGUUGGGUCUCCAGGGAGGUAACCAGAUCGUGGACUUCCAGAAUAAGACCCCUCAACUCUCUUCUGAGUGGGAGUGGGACCUCCCAGCCUCGGACAUUCCUCUUCUGCCCAUUGUUUCCUCCAUCAUUAAAUCCAAGCUUUUUUAUUCA